UUGUUUGUAUUAUAUUCAGGGUAUGUGUUUAGUUUUUUGAAGGAAAUGUCUCAAGACAGUUUUUGAAUAAUAAUACGUUUCGUUAUGGCCGCCAACCCCCCUAGCUCACCGGUUGAGCCAAGACCCCAGGAAGUGAAGCAUGCCCUGCAUAAAGACGUUUUCCACCCAAAUGGAGAACGCUUGGUCGGGUUCAUGAAGGUCUCCAAAACUGAGCCAAGCGGACUACCUUUCAAUAAAAAAGAAAACAUUCAUUAUUUAUGCUGUUCGGUCACAGUGAAGAGACCAUCCAAAGCAUUUAUAAGCAGGUAUCGAAAGCCUGACAAAGGAGAGGGUUAUGAACAGAGAAGAUUGUGGCCCAUUGAAGAAUUAACGAAAGUAGAUGGACGUGACCCUUCAAACUCAUGCAACCAGUUCGACCUUUAUUUUGACCGUGCUUUCCGUUUUGAGGCCACCAGCUUCAAAGAAAAAGAAGAAUUUCUGGUUAAUGUUGGAUCCCUAUGCUCUAAGUACCUCGGCAGCCAGCCACCCCCACCAUUUGUCAAUGUUACGAAAAAAGUUUCGAAAACCUUGCCGGCUGUAGCGGUCGAUACCAAAAACCAGAUGCAAAAGAACAAACAGGAAUUAGUUGAACGGGGCCAAAAAAUCUCACAGCUUGAGAAUAAAACAGCUGAGAUGGCCGACUCUGCAAAGUCUUUUUCUCAAACUGCUCAUGAACUUGCAAACCACUACAAAAAUUCCUAAAUUUUGUUGUUUAGCCAGGGUUACCUGUUUUUUAGAUUUUUAGAGCUUCCCAUGCAAAAUAAAGCACGUUGCCCAAUACUUAGUUAAUUAUUUUUUUAUAAUCUUACGAUACCUUUUGGCAUGGGUAUUUUAUUCUUUUUACAAAGUAUUGCGUAAUGCCUAUGUUACACAUAGUAAACAGUGUUAAUUUGAAAUUUUUAUAGUGUGAAAUCUGAUUGGUACAAAACCUAUAAGAUACUGAAGUGUUGUACAAACUAAUCUUACCAAAAUAGCGUGCUAGGACUGUUAACUAAGCUCUGAUAACGAAACUUUUUGUUAUAUGUUGUGUUUUGAACUUAAGUACUUUUACAGUCCUGAAAUCCUGUUGUUUUCACCCAUUUGUUUAUGAAAACAGCAUUUUCCGUUAAAAUAAUGAACGUUUCAUAUAUUAUUACACCUCUUUAGUGGCCCUUGAAAAGACUUUUUUGUUUGCGCUGCUAAACUUAUUUCAUAAGGCACUAUAAAAGGUAUAAUAAUACAUUCUCUGAACUUAGGCAACAAAAACAGUUGGGAGCACUGCAGGUGCCUACAUCCCAUCUUUGUGUUUCUCUAUGCUAUUGCAUUGCCAGUUAACAUAACUGCAAUCCACUAUGUGUGUUUGUUUUGCAAUCUCUUACAUAAAUAGCAGUGCAAUCAAUCUAAAGCCAUUAACAAAGACUGAAUGCUGUUCAUACAUGCACACAAAUAUAUAUAUGAGCCUGGUGAUGACAUUACAUUCUUGCUUUUACCUCCAAA